GUAGAGGCUCAAGCGGUGACGCAGAUUUCCGGUUUGGUAGCCGUAACGCGCGCGUGGCUGUCGCGAGGACUGGGGGUCGCUUGCCGCGGUGGCCCGGCACCUCAGCCCUCCAAAGUGCCAUGAGGUCGGUUAGCUACGUGCAGCGCGUGGCGCUGGACUUCAGCGGGAGCCUCUUCCCGCACGCCAUCUGCCUCGGAGACGUCGAUAACGACUCGUUAAAUGAACUGGUAGUGGGAGAUACCAGCGGGAAACUGUCUGUGUAUAAGAACGAUGACAGCCGGCCCUGGCUCACCUGCUCCUGCCAGGGAAUGUUGACCUGCGUUGGGGUUGGAGAUGUGUGUAAUAAAGGAAAGAACCUGGUGGUGGCAGUCAGCGCGGAGGGCUGGCUUCACUUAUUUGACCUGACAUCCACCAAGGCUCUGGAUGCCUCUGGGCACCAUGAGACUCUUGGAGAGGAGCAGCGUCCUGUCUUCAAGCAGCAUAUCCCAGCCAACACCAAGGUCAUGCUGAUCAGCGACAUCGAUGGAGACGGGUGUUAUGAGCUGGUUGUAGGAUACACAGACCGUGUGGUCCGGGCCUUCCGCUGGGAAGAGAUGGCUGAGGCGCCUGAACACCUGACAGGGCAGCUGGUGUCCCUCAAGAAGUGGAUGCUGGAGGGUCAGGUAGACAGUCUGUCUGUGACCCCGGGGCCUCUGGGUGUGCCUGAGCUGGUUGUGUCGCAGCCAGGGUGUGCUUAUGCAGUCCUACUAUGUACCUGGAACAAGGACACAGGCUCCCCUCCCGCCUCUGAGGAGGCCGCAGGAGACAGUAGGGAGACCCCAGCUGCCCGAGACAUAGUGCUGCACCAGACAUCUGGCCGGAUCCACAACAAGAACGUUUCCACUCAUCUGAUUGGCAACAUCAAACAAGGCCCUAACCCUGAAACCGGUAACUCAGGCCUCUUCGCCCUGUGUACCCUAGAUGGGACCCUGAAGCUGAUGCAGGAAGCUGACAAGCUGCUGUGGUCUGUACAGGUGGAUCACCAGCUCUUUGCCCUGGAGAAACUGGAUGUCACAGGCGAUGGGCUUGAGGAGGUGGUAGCAUGUGCCUGGGAUGGACAGACAUAUAUCAUCGAUCACAACCGCACCGUUGUCCGCUUCCAAGUGGAUGAAAACAUCCGUGCCUUCUGUGCAGGCCAGUACGCCUGCAAAGAGGGCUGCAACAGCCCCUGCCUGGUAUACGUCACUUUCAGUCAGAGGAUCUAUGUGUACUGGGAUGUGCAGCUGGAGCGGAUGGUGUCCACUAAUCUCCUGAAGCUGCUGGAGGCUGAGCCUGAGUACCACAGCCUCCUGAAGGAGCUGCAUGUGGACCCUGAUGAUCUCCCUGCAGUCCGUGCCCUGCUUCACCAGACGCUCUACCAUCCAGACCAGAUACCACAGUGUACCCCCUCAAGCUCCCAGGACCCCACCUAGCUGCGCUUAGCCACUUAGCUGCUGAAGGAUCCUUCUGAGCCCCCACCCUCUCCCAGAGUGAUCCAUGGUCUUGGCAGGAUGGGGAAUAUCUAUUGCAGAGGAGCAGGACCUGAUUCUCGGCACAGAAGGACAGUGGCACCCCUGACAGCCUUUGAUGAAUGCCCCGUGGUCGCUGCCUGGAUCCCAGGAUCCCAGUCCCAUCAGUCACCCGUCCCUGAGUUCCCUCCUCUUAUUCCUGUUCUCACUGCAGAAAACAGACUUGUUUGUGAGAAAAGGCAGCAAACCUUUUCCAUGGUGCCAGCACCUGGAAAGACAGCGGGCUUCAGGCCUGAGGGCCUAAGGGAGCGGUGAGGUAAGCCCCAUCCUCCCACUCCUGCUGAGUGCCGACUUUCGAAGCAUAGCUCCAGGCAGCUGACACCAGUAAUUAUUGCAGGAAUGGCGGACUGUUUAAGGGCAUUUUCCUGUCUCAUCUUCCUGUGUUCUUCCAUUUACUGAGGCAACGAGGCUUUCUCAUUUUGUCAUUGCCCCCCCCCUCUGGUUUUGUAGUGCUGGUGGUUGGCUGGUUUGUGUUUGUUUGUUUGCUUGUUUGUUGUUGUUUUGUUUGGGCAUGUGUGUCUGUGCCGAGGUGGAGCCAGGGCCUUGCAAUGCUAGCCAAGCACUCUGCUAUUCAGCUACGCCUUGGCCCUGCCAUGUUCUAAAAUUUUUGUUUUGUUUUGUUUGGUUGGUUGCUUUUUUGAGACAGGGUUUCUCUGUGUAGCCUUGGCUGUCCUAGAAUUCUCUCUGUAGUCCAGGCUGGUCACAAACUCACAUAGAUCUGCCUGUCUCUGCCUCCCAAGUGCUGGGAUUAAAGGUGUGUUUCAACACCGUCUGGCUGUUCUAAGUAUAGUGCUGCUUGGGAGCUUCCCAAAUAUCUUACUGUCUAUAAAAAAAGUAGGCGCCUGCAGUUUGUCCUCCAUGAUGGUGUGCCAGUGUAAUCCCAGUGCUUGGGAGGAGAUCCUAAACCCAAGGCCAGCCAAGGCUCCAUAAUUGAGACCAUCAUGGGUCUCAAACAAAAAAGACAUUAACAAUCUGGUGUAGGUUUAUGAUCUAGACUAUAAUUAGAAUUAUAUAAUUGAACCAGGCAUGGUGGCAUACACCUUUAGUCCCAGCAGGUGGAUCUUUGUUAAGUUCGAAGCAGCCUGGUCUACAUAGUGACCAACCAUAGUGUGGCCCUGACUUUAAAAAAAUUACAUAGAUAUAGUUUAAGCCAUUUCUGUUUUAUUUGCUCAUGAUCGUGUGUGCUGUAUUCUUCCAGGUGUAGGUGAGAAGCCUUUGGUGGAUCGUGGCUAGGGUUUGUGGGUGCUGAUGCAUUUUCCCAUGCACACAUGUAUGGAGACCAAAAGAGGAUGUCCUGUCUCCUGCAUUCUUUCCCUCCACUUUAUUCCCUUGAGACAGGGUCGCUCACUGAGUCUGAGCUUGCUGCUUCAUAGAGCUGCUGAUCUACCUGUGUCUGCACCGCACAGUGCUGGGGUUGCAAGCAUCUGAGCAGCAUAUAUAUAUAUAUAUAACUUUAGUUUAUAGUCAUUGGUGUUUUGCCUGCAUGUAUGUCAGUGUGAGGGUGUCCUUAGCCUUGGAACUGGAGUUACAGACAGGUGUGAGCUGCUGUGUGCUUCCUGGGAAUCGAACCCUUUAACAUGGUGCUGAGCUUGAUUUCAGGUUCUCAUGCUUGAGUAGCAAGUGAUCUUCCCCACUGAGCCAUCUCCCCAGCCCUCAGGGCUUUUGAACUAAAUAAAAUGGAAGAGAUCAGA